AUGACGCGCCUCCGCGAGGGCGACUUUGCGAAGCGGCUGCGCAGCCAGGCGCACACGGAGACGCUGCUCUCGGAGCUGACGGUGAGAGCCCCGGCGGCAGCGCCAGCUCCGUGUGGCCGGCGCGGCACGUUCGGGGGGAUGCUGUUCCCAGGGAUGCUGAUGGCCCCUUCUGUGCAGGAGCAGCUCAGUGGUGCCUCGAAGGCGUCGGGCUCACAUGGCCCGGCCGCCGCGCGGAGCGUCACCUGCGACCGAGUGCUGCGAGCCUGCGUGGAGCAGCUGGGGCGGCCGGGGCUCGGCGCCGCGCACGCCGCCAGCCUCGUCGCCCUGGCAUGUGUCGCCGGCCGCGGCUGCGCUGCCGCUUCACCCUCGCCCGCUCCCCUCUACCUGGAGAAGAUGCUCUACCAUGUGCUGCGCAACGCGGCCGCCCAGGGCGCCGCUGAGGCCACGUGGACGGCGGCCGAUUUCCUCCGGGACCGGCUGCUCACCUACGAGCCCCAGCACGUCGCCUCCAAGGACUUCGUGGCGCUGGCGCAGAGCAGCUUCAGCGUCCUGUGGAGCAACGCGGAGGCCCUGGCUGGCGGCGGGGAGGACGCGGGCCGGGCUGCGCUUGCGGCUCGCCUGCGCGCCCUGCGCUUCCUGGCGCUGCUGGGGGACGCGGCGAGUGCCCCGCUGCCGCGGGAGCCUCCCUUCCUCACCUCCAAGGUGGCCCGCCAGGCGGCUGCAGCCGCUGCCUUGUUCAAAUCCCCCCGGGAGCCCCUCAGCGCGGCCGACGCCGCCUUUCUCAGCCAGCAGCUGCGGCAGCUGCUCGUGGCUCUGCACGCCGGCAGCGAGGGCGCGCAGCCCCCUGCCAUUUGCACUGUCGAGCUCACCCUGCUGCUCUGCGCGCAGCUCUGCAGGAGCGGCCGCCACGCGGAGGCGUGGGCGGCUGUGGAGGAAGCGCGGCGCAGCCUGGGUCGCCCCACGAGGCCGCUCGCAGCCCCCAUGGCCCUGCUCGACGCUGGUGUCUCGCUGAGCCGGGCGCUGGCCGAGGACGGCGGCGCGGCCCAGCGACCCCUCUCGCAGGCGGCUGCGGCACUCGGCUCCGCGCCGGACGCCUCGGAGCGCUCUGCGCGGCUGCUCGCCGAGAGCUGCUACUUCAUCGUCCUGACCCUCGGCCACUACGUGGAGAGCAGCAAGAGGAAGCCCUUUGCCCGGGAAUUCCUUUCCAGCCUCUGCCCCUUCAUGGAGAGCUACUGCGGCAUCAUCCACAGGCUGCUGCAGGAGAUUCCUCUCGACAGCAGCAAGGAGCAGCUAAGGGUGAAGCAGCUGCUCUACUACAGCCUCCAGAUCUUCACCAACGUAGCCUACAGCACCUUCCAGUGCUCCCAGGCGAGGGGCUGGCAUGGCCUGGAGCAGCUGCUGGGGACGUGCCAGCGCGUCGUGGAGUGGAUGUUGGCAGCGCUGGAGGGGCUGCUCUUGAGCAAACAAGCAGAGUACCUCGAAAUCACCGCAUCGUGCACAUACAAGCUGGCCUACAUCUUCUACAGCCAGAAUCUUCACAAGGAGGUCAUCUCCCUCUCCAAGGUCUUCUGCAAGAAGCUGGAGAGCACGGAUAUGUCUCAGUACCCAGAGAUACUGCCAGAAAAGUUGCACAGGUGCUUCAGGCUGCAGGUGGAGAGCUGCUGGGAGCAGGGCCUGUUUGAGGAGGCCCUGGCGGCCGUCGUGCAGUGGUUGGCCGCCCUGCGGGACAGGCUGCGGGAGCAGAUGGUGGAGCCCGUGUCUCUCUGGGCCCGAGUCAAGGCAGAUGCCACGAAGAAGGGGACGCAGGAGGUUCAGUUAUGGACGCUGAAGGAUGCCCUGAAGGGAUGCCAACUGGACGUGGGGACCUUGGUGGCCUUGCUCUUCGAAGAGCUCAAGGCCUACAAGAGCGUGCGGGCCAGCACGGGCCGGGAGCGCUACAAUGUCGUCUGCGACCUGCUGGAGCUCUGCUCGGAGGAGAGCGGCCGCACGCACCAACGGGCCACCGGCCUCGUGGAGCUGGCCCAAGUCUUGUGUUAUCACGACUGCACGGCGCACACCGACUGCUCUGCCCUGGACUCGAUCCAAGAGGCCUUGCGGCUGCUGGAGUCUGUACCCAGGACUGCCCAGAACCAGGAUGAGCUCCUCGAUGACCAGGCGCAGGCCUUGCUCUGGCUCUACAUCUGCACCCUGGAGGCCAAGCUGAAGGAGAGCAUUGAGAGGGAGCAGAGAGCGAGAGCUCAGGGGCAGAAGAACCUGGAGGACUUUGAGCCCAACGACCUCAAUUACGAAGACAAGCUGCAGGAGGACAAGUUCCUGUACGACGGCAUCGUCUUCAACCUGGCUGCGGAGUCCGCUCAGUCCCGGAGCCUGGACGAUGCCUUUGCCUUGUGGAAGCAGCUCCUGGAGAAGAAGGGAGUUCCCAGCGUGCGCAGCCCGGAGCAGACUGUGGCCUCCCUGCACAUCAUGGCAGCCCUCUACAAACUGAUGUCCAAGCCCCUGCAGGCCCUGGAGAGCUACUUUCUGGUCAGGUCCCUGUGCAGUGCCCUCGGAGACAACCUGGGCAUGGCCGGUGCUUUGUGCCAGGUCACCAAGCUGCUUUUCCAGCUGGAGUGUCCCAGCUAUGCCAAGCUCUUCCUGGAGGAGACGGAGUCCUGCCUGCGGAAGGCUGACGGCAGCGGCGACUCCUACCUGCUGCUGAAGCAAACGUGCCUGCUGCUCCGCAGCCAGCUCUGCUGCACCAGCCACCAGGUUGGAGAAGGCCUUGCCCUGCUGCUGGCCGUGCACCAGAACCCAGUUCUGCAGAAGGCCUCGAAGGUCUGGUACCUGCUGCGAGCCCACGUCCUUCAGCUAGCAGCCACCUACCUGGGCCUCCCUCCUGCCCGUCUCCCGCCGGAGCUCAGGCAGCAGCUCUCUGCUCUGGGGUGGAGGACACCUGAGACGGCUCUCACCGAAGCCCACAAGUUGUUCCGUAGCAUCGUCCUCCUGGUGAUGGGCAGCAACCUGCUAGGCUCCCAAAAGACCGUGUCAGACGCCCGGUUUGUGGAUUAUGGGGACAACCUGCUGCAGAAGUGGCAAGUGCUGGCUGAUCUGCUGGCCUGCUCAGAGCAGCUCGUGGCUGCACUCAGCCAGGUGGAGAUGGUGACCGAAGCCAAAGCCUUCUGCUUGGAGGCCAUCAAGCUGGCCAUGAAGCUGCACGCAGCUCGGUGGUGUGUGGCCUUCCUCGUGCUGAAGGCGCAGCUGGAGCUGCAGUGCAACGAGCUGGAGCUGAGUCGCUGCGACCUCCGGCAGGCCCAGUUCCUCCUCGAGUCCAGCACCGAGUUCGAAGGCAGCAAGAGGCAGCACAGGCGAAGGAAGAUCCUGCUGUGCAAGGGCGAGCUGGAAGGCAGCAAGAAACGGCCUCCCGGCCUGGAGGCUCCUGCGGAAGAGGCCGCCUUUCUGAAGGGCCCCGCGCUUGAGUUUGUGGCCACGGUGAGCGGGCCAGGCGAGGCCGCUGCUCUUACCACCUCUCCGGAGCUGAAGCCCAAGCAGAAGAGGCACCUGGGCUUCCUCGGCCACCCCUCCGCGUGCUCCUGCUCGCUGUGCUCUGACGUGACCCUCUCGGCGCUCUGCCUGCGCUGGCUGCUUUGCUGCGCCCAGCUUGAGCUGGCAGGGGCCGGGACGGCCGAGGGGCUCGGGCUGCUCGAGGCCACGCUGCGGCGCUGCCAGGCCGUGGCCGCCCGCUUCGUCGCCGUGCUGCGGGACAAGCUGUGGGGUGGCCCCGUGCCGCUGGACGGCCAGGCCCUGCCUGCCUUGGAGCUCCUGGAUGAUCUGAUGGCCACUGUCUACACCACGUUGGCCUCCCAAAGCCUGGCGAGCUGCCAGGCUGAAGAGAAGCUGCAGGAGGCCGUGGAGGCUGGUCUGACCUUCCUGCAGUCCCGGCGGCCUCGCUUGCCCAGCCUGGAGAUCUGCAGGGCCACCCUGCUGCUUGCCAAGGCCACCGCCACCAUCUGCACUCAGAUCCCCCAUCGCAAGGGCUCUGUGACCAGCGUCUUCUCCAGCGCUUGGGCCUGGCAGCCCCCGCUGACCCCUGUGGAGCCCAAAGGAUCAGCUGCCCUCAAGGCCCCCCAGAUGGAAAAGGCUCUACCACAGAGGAGCAAAAGUAGGAAGGGGGCAGUGACAGUCACCGGGCCCAAGCCCAAGGUGAAGAAGAGCCAGAGAGUGAAGCCCCUGGCUGCAACGGACUUGGAUGAUGUCUUUGCUGUGGGCGACCUGGACGGGGAGGUGCCCCCCAUCGUUAUUCGACCAGUGACGCUGCCCCACACCCCGCACCAGAAGCCCUGUCCCCCUGCCAAGGCUGCGGCCCCCAGGGCUCCAUUCAGGGUGUUCAUCGACUCCUCCCCUGCGCCUGACAAGUCCCAGCUCCUGAAAGCCCCCAGAGCCAAGGGCAGAGCCAAGUCCCGCCUGAAGGUGACGUUCAGUGACGACAGCGACGUGGAGGAUCCCAAACCGAAGGCGACUGCAGCAGCUGGCAAAGCUCUGGCCUCCAGCCACAAGAGUUCAGAGCGCACAGGCCGUUCCUGGAGAGUCCCGGGCCCCAAAUCCUCAGUCACCGUCGCGACAGGAUCCCGGACGACGCGGACGAGCUCCCGCAAGUCUGAUAGCACAGAGGGGAAAAGGGAGCAGGCGACUCGCAGGGCUCCCAGACGGAGGGUGGAGGAGAAGCGGGAGCUCAUGAGGACCAUCGAGGAAGAGGAGAAGCUGGAGGAGAAGGUUGAGAUCUGCCUGGAGGGUUUGCGGGCCCAUGAGGAAGAGGAGGGAGUGUCAGGCAGGAGAUGGAAGGAGGGUGCAGAUGGGGUGUGCGAGGUCCUGCGUCAAGAAGCCAACAGGGACAACAUCUCUGUGGUGUCACUGCAUGACCGGGAGCCCCUGCACCUCGGGGUGCUCUCCAAUGGCCUACCUGCCGGCGAUGCCGCUUCCCUGGACGCAGCCUGCAAGCUCCUCAAAGCUGCUUUCAACUGCAUCAGCCACUGCCCCCCCGGCGCUCUCUACAGCCGGCUCUGCCAGCUGCUGGCGCUGGCGCGGGGCGAGCAGGACCCCGUGGGCACCGCGUACCUCGUGUGCGAGGCCCUCUCGGUCACCCUGCGCCACCAGCUGCUCAGCUCCCUCCACAGGAGCCUCCACAAAGCCAAGAAGUCGUCGCUCGGCGUGACGGAGCAGCUGCGAGGGCUGUCGCUGCAGGAGGAGAGCGCCGCUCCGUGCAGCCGGCUCCGCCACCACCUCGCCCAGCUCCAGGACCUCUUUGCGUUCAGCUCCUCGGAGCUGGGGCCUCAGGACCAGGAGAGGUUCCAGGAGCAGCUGGAGCAGAUUCCCAGUGGGGUAACUGUGUGCCUGAUGACCGUCGUGAGCCUCCAGCCAGCCUUGGCAGGGGACACGCUGCUGCUGACAAGGCUGGAGAAGGGCAGCGCUCCCAUCACCAUCCGCAUCCCCACCGGGUGCUCCAAGGCCCCGCUGAGCUCGAUGCUGCGGGAGUUCGAUGCCAUCCAGAGGGAGCAGAAGGAAUCCAUCAACUGCCCGGACCACGUGGAGUGGUGGCAGUGCCGCUUGAAGCUGGACCAGAGAAUGAAGAGCCUCAUCGAGACCCUGGAGACAGGGGUGCUGGGCUGCUGGAAGGGAGCCCUGCACCCGGGCAGCCCCGAGCCCGGCCUGGCCGAGGAGGCGUCCAGCCUGUGCGCCCGGCUCCGGCAGUGCGGCGGGGCGCGCGUGGACACGGCGCUGCUCACGGUCGUGCUCAAGGCCUCUGCCCUCCUCACGCCUCAGGAUGUGCAGUCCUUGGCCUCUGGGUUCUGCCCCACUCAGCCCUACGCAGCCCAGAUCCUUCUGCAGGAAGCCCUGGAGAAGCGGGAAGGCCGAGCCCGGCGGGCCGGGGGCUCCCUCGUCCUGGUGCUGGAUAAGCACCUGCAGCGGCUGCCCUGGGAGAGCAUGGCGUUCCUGAGGGAAGUGAGCGUGACCCGGCUGCCGUCCCUGCGCUUCCUGCUCAGCUAUUCCAUGGCACGCGAGGAGCGGGCGGGCUCCGUGCUGAGCCGCGGCGUGAACCCCGCGAGCACCUUCUACAUCCUCAACCCGCACAACAACCUCCCGGGCACCGAGGAGCGAUUCCGGAGCUGGUUUGAGAGCGAGCCCGGCUGGAACGGCGUGACAGGAGCCAUCCCGAGGCAGGAGCAGAUGCAGGCAGCGCUCUCGGAGCAUGACCUGUACAUCUACGCCGGGCACGGAGCCGGCGCCCGCUUCCUGGAUGGGCAGUCGCUUGCCAGGCUGGAGUGCAGCGCCGUGGCCCUGCUCUUCGGCUGCAGCAGCGCCGCGCUCGCCGUGCGCGGCGCCCUCGAGGGCUCCGGCAUUGUCCUCAAGUACCUCAUGGCCGGCUGCCCCCUGGUGCUGGGCAAUCUGUGGGAUGUGACGGACCGGGACAUCGACCGCUACGCGGAGGCUCUGCUGCAGGGCUGGCUGCGGGCAGGCGCGGGCGCCCCGCUCCUGCGCUACGUCGCCCAGGCCCGGCUGGCGCCCAAGCUCAAGUCGCUCAUCGGGGCCGCCCCUGUUGUCUACGGGCUGCCCGUGGGGCUGCAGCCGGGGCUCGGCGCGGCCUCCGGCCCCGCUCCCUGAGGGCUUCUGCCCUCCCUCGGCAUCCUGGGGCUGCCGCCAGCUUCCCUUUGCACCCGUGUGGCUCCAGCCUGGGGUUUUUGCUUGUUCUUUGACAUGGUUUUAUGAAACAGUCGCUGCCUCUGUGGAAACAAUAAAGU